AAACAAACAUGUUGGCAAAGUUCAAACUGAUUAUAGACGUGUCAGAAAUGCUAAAGGUCAAAGGUUUGUUUGGAGUUUGAGAGAAAAACACUAAAAACUCCUCCUUUCUGUCUAACAUCUGUCCUGUAAAGACAAACAGCUUUUUACUUAAAGGAAACUGAAGGUAUCUGCAGUGGCUAAGAGGUGAAAAUGGCGCAGGAAGGUAAUCUGAUCAGCUCAUUAAGAAUCUCCUGUUCCAUCUGUUUGGACCUUCUGAARGAUCCCGUGACGAUYCCCUGCGGACACAGCUACUGUAUGAGAUGUAUUAAGACAUGCUGGGAUACGGAGAACCAGAACAAGGACCUCAGCUGCCCUCAGUGUCGGCAGAGAUUCCCAUCGAGGCCUGAGUUGAAGAAAAACAUCAUGUUGGCAGAGUUGGUGGAGGAGCUGAAGAAGACUGACCUCCAAGCUGCUGCGGCUGGAGCUGAAGAUGUKUCCUGUGACGUCUGCUCUGACAGGAAGCUGAAAGCUGUCAAGUCCUGUCUCAACUGUUUGGUUUCUUUCUGCCAGAAACACCUCCAGCCUCACUAUGAAGCAUCGUUGUUUCAGAAACACAAACUGGUGGAUCCACAGAAGAAGCUGCAACAACACAUCUGUCCUCGUCAUGAUGAGGUGAUGAAGAUCUUCUGUCGUACUGAUCAGCAGUGUAUCUGUUAUCUCUGCUUAAUGGAYSAACAURAAGRACAYGAAACWGUCUCAGCUGCAGCAGRAAGAGCUGAGAAGCAGAAGGAGCUGGAGGAGAKYCGACAACAAAUCCAGCAGAGAAUCCAGGAGCGASAGAAAGAUGUGAAGCUGCUCCAACAGGAGGUGGAGGCCAUCAAUGUCUCUGCUGAUAAAACAGAGGAGGACAGUGAGAAGAUCUUCACUCAGCUGAUCCGUCUCAUCCAGAAAAGAAGCUCUGAUGUGAAGCAGCAGCUCAGAUCCCAGCAGGAAACUGAAGUGAGUCGAGUCAAAGAGCUUCAGGAGAAGCUGGAGCAGGAGAUGACUGAGCUGAAGAGGAAAGAUGGCCAGCUGGAGCAGCUCUCACACACAGAGGAUCACAACCAGUUUCUCCACAACUACCCCUCAGUGUCAGCACUCAGUGAGUCUCCACACUCAUCCAGCAUCAAGACUCGUCCUCUCAGAUACUUUGAGGACGUGACGGCAGCUGUGGACCAGCUCAGAGUCAAGAUACAGGACGUCCUGAGGGACACCUGGACAAACAUCUCRMUGAGAGGAAYUCAAGAUUUAGUGUCAGAACCAAAGAGCAGAUCUGAGUUCUUGACUUAUUUCCAGGAGCUCUCUCUGGAUCCAGACACAGCAGACACACACGUGUUGUUAUCUGAGGGGAACAGAAAAGCUACUUUUACAGAACAACAACAGUUUUAUCCUGAUCAUCCAGACAGGUUCUCUGCUUGGUGGCAGGUUCUGAGCAGAGAGAGUCUGAGCGGUCGUUGUUACUGGGAGGUGGAGUGGAGCGGCAGAGGGGUCUGUGUAGCCGUCGCCUACAAGGAUCUAAGCCGAGCAGGAGGGUCGUAUGAAUGUGGAUUUGGAUUCAAUGAGAAGUCCUGGGCCCUGCACUGUGAGACCCACAGUUACGGGUUUUGGUACAACUUCGUUCACACUCCAGUCUCAGGUCCUGCUUCCUCCAGGAUCGGAGUGUACCUGGACCACAGGGCAGGGGUUCUGUCCUUCUACAGCGUCUCUGACACCAUGACCCUCCUCCACAGAGUCCGGACCACCUUCACUCAGCCGCUCCAYGCUGGAGUUUGGAUCUCRAACUUUGAAGGAGACUCUGCUGAGUUCAGUAAAAUCAACUAGAAACUCAUGAAAGGAGGAAAGUUUCUCUUUGGUUCUUCUCAUCAUUUCUGUUCCUGUGAGCAGUGAACAGAAGAGAUUAAACAUUUCUGUCUGAUCAGACAGAAGCAGCUGAGCACAGAACAUUCAUCAGAUCAGACUAAAUGUGCAGAUAAAUCCUGAAUCAGCUUUUUCAUUUAGGUUCUAUAAACUGAUUCUUAUUUGACUUUAGCUCACAGAAACACUGAGUAAUAAUUAGUUGAUCUAUUAGUUGAAUAGGGUUGUGUUGGCUUACGCGACUCUGCAAUAUCGCAUGGACAUCAGGG